UCCUCUAGUCAAGAGUAUUCUCGAAAGAGUUGUCAUGUCCAUCCAACGGUCAGAUUACGAAAUGGCGCAGAUCCGACGGUUCAUGUUCUUCUUCGUUCCCGCUUGCCUCCUCGCCUCGCCGCCGGCGAUGCUCAUGGCUUUCUCUCUCGUCGGAGUCUCCCCGCAAGAUGCGAAGUACUAUGAAGGGACGGUGAUCAAGUGCAGGGAUGGAUCCAAGACCUUUGGAAAGGAUCGGCUCAAUGAUGGUUAUUGCGAUUGUUCUGAUGGUACUGACGAGCCAGGAACUUCUGCCUGUCCUGAAGGCAGAUUUUAUUGUAAAAAUUUAGGGGAUGCACCUCGCAUUUUGUUUUCUUCUCAAGUAAAUGAUCGCAUCUGUGAUUGUUGUGAUGGAAGUGAUGAGUAUGAAAGUGGACUUAAUUGUCCUAACAUAUGCCACAAAAAUGGGAAUUUCUUGGGCGAGAGAAAUAUCAAUGAAUUAAAUUCAAUGAAUUUUGAACAUCAUACUACACAGGGUAGGAAAUCUAGAUUUGAUAUGGAGGAUCUUAUGGAAAAGUUCGAAGGACUAAAACUCCUUAUCAUUUUAGAGUUAGCCUUUGUUGUGUGUCUGGCAGCCUUCUGUAUUCAAUAUCAACGCAGAAGAUCUCAUAGGAGAUUCUGUUUGAGAAGGAAUCAAGAGACGAACCGUCUGUUCAAAGCAAGUUCUUUCAAGAGCCUCUGUUACCAACUCCAGAGGGAAAUUAAGGUAAGUCUGUGGGCCUCUCAUUUUCAAAGCAGCCUUGUCAUACGCCAACGCAGCUUCUUCAGCAGUACUAAAGGUUCCAAGCCAAACACGAGUACCUUUCCUUGCUGUGUCCCUUAUCUCUGCUGCAAACUUACCCCAUGGUCGCCUUCGUACUCCUCGGUUAUAUAGAUCAGAGAUUGUGUUAUGAUGUCAGAGUGUGAAAUAUUAUCUUCUUACAAGUUGCUGCCAUUAGAAGGGAGCUCAAGAUUCAAGCUACCGAUUUUUCCAUAAUCCAAUGCAACCACUUCCAGCAAAAUUGAAGAAGUAGACUAUACUUCCAAGUUUGGCUUUUGAUAUUAUACACACAAUUUAAUUCUUGUAGUUGCAGGAAAAUGCAGCAUAAUGAAAUCUUCGCAAGUUGCUUCGAUUUGGGACUAUUAUAGAGAAUGCUCGGAGAAUUUGUAUCUUUUCACUUGUUUAAAAAGCUUUGUGAUUGUGUGAUUAGCAAGGAAAUCAGGGAAGAAAUCUUUGAAUGUGGAUGCCUUCUUUGCAAGCUA